AUUUUUAAACCUUUAAGUAAAUAUUUUCAUUUACGAAACUCAUAUUUUUAUUUGAUAUAUCUUUUCAAAUGUUUCACAACUUUGAUAACUAAGAUGACGCCACAAUAUACUGCAUUACUUAAACGUACUGAUUAUUGUCUAUUCUAAAGUAUUCGACAUUGUUGAAUGAAAAUUUCGUGUAUAUAUCAUGUUACGAAGAGGAAUUUUAUCUUUGAAACAUAUUAGGUUAUUUAGGAGAAAUUAUUACGAUGAUGCACCUGUCAUUGGAACAUCACAAGAUACAAAAUCAUCUACUUUUCAAGAGAAUUAUCUACAAAUGAAAACAGUAGUAGAUGAAUUGAAAUCUAUUGUAGAAAAAAUAGUAGAGGGUGGGGAACGUAAAGCCAGAGAUAGACAUUUAAGCAAAGGAAAAUUAUUACCAAGAGACCGUAUCGAUGUUCUUCUAGAUAAGGGUUCUCCUUUUUUAGAGUUUUCACAAUUGGCAGGAUACCAGAUGUAUGGAAAAGAAGAAAUACCAGCUGGUGGAAUAAUAACUGGUAUUGGUAGAGUAGAAGGCAAUGAGUGCUUAAUAGUUGCAAAUGAUAGUACGGUAAAAGGUGGCACUUAUUACCCAAUUUCAGUAAAAAAGCAUUUGCGUGCGCAAGAAAUAGCCGAAGAAAAUAGAUUACCUUGUAUAUACCUGGUUGACAGUGGCGGAGCAAAUUUACCAUAUCAAGCCGAUGUAUUUCCUGACAAAAUUCAUUUUGGUAGAAGUUUUUAUAAUCAAGCUAAUAUGAGUGCUAAGGGAAUUGCACAAAUUGCUGUAGUGAUGGGAAGUUGCACAGCAGGUGGUGCAUAUAUUCCUGCAAUGGCAGAUGAAAAUAUUAUUGUUGGAAAUCAGGGUACUAUAUUCUUGGGUGGUCCACCUUUAGUGAAAGCAUCUACUGGAGAAGAAGUUACGCCAGAAGAUUUAGGAGGAGCAGCUCUACACUGUCGAAAAACUGGUGUGUCGGAUUACUAUGCUGUUGAUGACACUCAUGCUUUGUAUUUAGCACGACGAAUUGUUAAAAAUCUAAAUCGUAUUCCUCCCAUGGAUGUAAAAAUUGAUUCAAAAGUAGAACCACCAGUACAUGCUGUUGAUGAACUUUAUGGUAUAGUUGGUACCAAUUUAAAACAACAUUUUGAUGUACGGGAAGUUAUUGCAAGAAUUGUUGAUGGAUCAAGAUUUCACGAAUUUAAAGCAUUAUACGGGGAGACAUUGGUCACUGGAUUUGCUAACAUUUAUGGUUAUCCUGUAGGAAUUGUUGCAAAUAAUGGUGUACUCUUCUCUGAAAGCGCAUUGAAAGGAGCGCAUUUUGUACAAUUGUGCGCGCAAAGAAAAAUACCUCUUGUGUUUUUGCAAAAUAUUACAGGAUUUAUGGUAGGUAAAGAUGCAGAAGAAGGUGGUAUUGCUAAAAAUGGUGCAAAAAUGGUAACAGCAGUAGCAUGUGCAAAGGUUCCCAAAAUUACCGUGCUAAUUGGAGGUUCUUAUGGUGCCGGAAAUUAUGGCAUGUGUGGGCGUUCCUAUUCCCCACGUUUUUUAUACUCGUGGCCAAAUUCUAGGAUCUCUGUGAUGGGGGGAGAACAAGCUGCCAACGUAAUGGUUCAUAUUUCUAAAGAAAAGCGUCUCCGAGAAGGCCAAGAAUUGACGGAAGAAGAAGAAAAGAAAAUUAAAGAACCAAUUAUUAAAAAAUUCGAGGAAGAAGGUCAUCCAUACUACUCGAGUGCUAGAAUAUGGGAUGAUGGAGUGAUUGAUCCAGUUGAUACUAGAACAGUGCUUGGACUAAGUCUAGCUGCCUGUUUGAAUGCUCCAAUACCGGAAAGCAAAUUUGGUAUUUUCAGGAUGUAAUAUAUAUAUUCUAGGAUAUAUUUUUAUAUUAAAAAUUUAUCUAUACGUUUAUAAAAAUGUAUAUUUUAUAUCUGUUAUAUUAUAUAUAAGUUUAAUGAUAUUUGAUAACGACUCAACAGCUUCCAAUUAUUUCACAAUCUUUUAGUUUCCAGAAAAUGUUCAAAGAAAUGUAUAAAAUUAUUGGAAAUGAAAAGUAUAUUUUUAAAAGUUUGGAAGUUGUUGAUCUAGAUCAAAGAAAGAUCUCUAUUUUUAUAUGACAAUAUUUUAUAUAUAAAAAUAUAUAGAACAUUCCAUAAGUUCAAACUGUAAAUCUAUGAAUAAAAUUUUCAAUUUUAUCGGCAUCUGUCAAAUAUUGGCAGUAUGAGAAUUGUUGAUUUAAUUACAAGCAAUUUUAAAAGUUUUUCUGUUUUUCCAUUCCUUUUACAUCCACACCAUCAUUCUUGCUUUAUUUCUGUUACAGAAAUGCAUGUAUUAAUGAUUUUUUCAGUACAAUCUUAUUGCACGAAUUUAAGUCUUAUAUAAAAUAUUAAUAUUUAAUUCUAUAUAUAUAUAUUUAUUAAAUCUACAAAUUUUUACUCAUAAAUUCAUGCGUGUAUUUUUGAUCAUCUUGCCUCCUUUCCUACAUUAAUUCUCAAUUAGCUCUUAAACAGUGAAUAAUUCCCUAAUUCUUCAAUAGUGUUAGAGCGAAAUUGCGUUAUAGAAGUAUUGUGCAUGCGGGGAUUAUCUGUAUUUCUGUUCAUCUAUACUUCUUUUCAUCAUUGAAAAAUAUUGGAAAUAUAAAUAUAUAUAAUAAAAACUAAAAAAUCAAUUAAGGUCAAUAAAAUACACAGUAAAUUAGUGACAGAGAAUAUAUCACACAGAUGUGUAGUAUUUAAAUCGUCAUAUCAGCCUUCGCUUUAUUUUUACUUAUGUUACAGUUAAGCUAUAGUUAUACCGAUAAUAGUUAGCCAUAAUUAUUUAAUAUAGUAUAAUAAUUAAGUCAUGUUAAAAUAUUAUACCCCGUCACACGACUAGGUUUUUGGCUUUCUCCGCUCGCAAAGGCCAAUUUUCUCAUGACAAUCAAUUGUAGAGAGAAUAGAUCAUGUAAAUGUAAAAAUUGUCUAAGAAAGCACAAGAAGAAAUGAAUAGAAGAAAAUUCGGCAGUCGCAGAACGGAGAAAUCUUAUGAGUUUCCAUUAUGAGCUAUAUAUAUAUAUAUAUGUAUAUAUAUAUAUACUUAAAAUGAAAAUUCUUCCCUUAACGCACCUUAACAUCCCUUUAUCACUGUCAUUUAAAAGAUAUUUAUUUUUCAUUAUCACAUAAAAUCGUAUUGUAUCGUUCAAGAGUACGGUAUCAUCGUUUGCGUUGAACUCCUAUUUUCAUUUUGAAUAUGUCCUUUCAUACGAUACUUUAUGAUAUAACCCGUGUUUGCUAAAAAAACGAAAUAAAAAAAAAGAGAAAGAAAAAGAAAUAAAAAAGUUAUUAGAGAUUACACUUGUGGCUUGUAAUCUCC